CCGAUCUCGGUCUGACGCUCCCCCUUGCGCCGCCUCCCCGAUCUCGCUCUCGCAUAACGCCGCCUCGCCGAUCUCGCUCUCGCGUACGCCGCCGCCGCUGCCGCCAUGGCCGGGCAGAGCCCCCUCCGCCGCUGGAAGCCCUUCUUCGCGGCGUUCGGCCUGGUGGACGCCGCGAUCGAGGGCGCCGGCCCCGCGCUCUGCCGGGACGAGCUCCGGAGCGCGAGGGGCGACGUGGUGGAGCUGCUCUGCGGCGUCCCCGGGGGCGACGGCGCCGAGGAGCUCUGCGUCGUGCUCGACGGCUUCAUGGCGGAGUCGCUGGUCACCCUGCAGGCGGUGCCCGCGGAGGCGGUGCCGAGGAUGCUGGCGUCUUCCGCCGAUCUCGCCAGAGCAGUUGGCUCCCUGAGGUGCCACCAGUCCGCCCGCAUCAGCGGGCUCGCGCGCGAAAUCAUCCGCGGGUGGAGCGUGGCCGUCGACGAAGACAUCGCCAGGACCAGCGCGGCCAUGAAGAAACUCGACGAUCUGUGCCGCGUCAAGGCGUCGGAUGCCUCUCCUCCCUUGCCGAGCAUGACCAAGCCGAUUGCUGGCAGCCAUGAUCUGAGGACGGAGAAGACGAAAGCUGCAACCACGAUUCCAAAGUCGCUGCCGAAGACAACGCCGCCUUCCGAGGAGAAGAUGGAGGCUACCAAGCGCAAACUCCGGGAGGGCUACCGGGACGUGGAAGACGCCAAGCGCCAGCGAAAGAUCCAUGUGAUCGAGGCGCCCAAGAUGCUGAAGCAGAGGCAGCGGAAGAUGCACCCGAUCGUUCGCGAGCGGAGCCAGGCGAGAUGCAGGAGCUCCAUGGCUGUGAGGCGCUGUCUGGUCUCAUCGUUUGAGAGAGUCUAA